AUGUCCGCGGCGCACCGCGCCGUUGCUCUGGCCCUGGUGUUCGAGACCUCCGCGCGGGCGCAGCCCGCGGAGCGCGCCUGGUCCGCCGACGGGCCCGGGCCCGCGCCCAGCCCCUGGGUGCCGCGGGGGCCGAACGGCGCGUGGAGGCGGAGCGUCUCCCGCCUGGAGCGCGAGCUGGGCGCCCUGCGCGGCGCGCCGGAGGCGCCCCUGGCGGCGGGGACGCCGGAGGCGCUGGGCCCGCGGCGGGCGCACGAGGAGGCGCUGUGGGCGGAGGCGCUGCUGGGCGGCGGCGGGCCGCCGCCGAGUGCCCCGGGGCUCUCUGCCGCGGCGGGCGGCCUGCGGCCGGCCUGGGGCGCGCCUCGGGCCCGCGCGGUGGCCCUGCCGCACGCGGGCGGCGUGCGGCAGGCGGCCGGGCUCCUCGGCGUGGGGGCCAGGCAGUCGCCGCCGCCGCCGCCGCUGGGAGCGGUCCCUCUAGAGGCGGAGGCGAUCCAGGAAAUGGACAGGGACGACGCCUUGAUAGUGGUGUUCGCCGUGAUCGUCACGCUCUUCCUCGCGUUCUGCGUGUACCAGGCAGCCAGGUCGUACGUGAACUACCGCAGGUUCAAGUCGGAGGCAGCUGACUGCACAAAGGAGCAGAAGAGGGGAGCCCGCAUGGUCACUACCAGCAUGUGGGACUACAACCGGUACCAUUUGAGUUAUUGGUUCGUGACUUUCCCAGGUGCCAAAGCGGUAGUCAUAUUCGGAAUAUUCGUGUUUCUCGUUCUGCUCGGCUCGAUCUUGUAUUACACGAUCGAGGGGGAGAGAAUCUCUGUCUCUCUGCAUAAAGUGAUCGCCUGGCUCGUGAGCCCAGAUUCUGGCGUGGCAGAGAAAAGUAAGGAGGGGUCUACCAUGGGAGUGUUCCUCAGCAUCUCAGGGCUUCUAUUGUUCGCUCUGAUGCUGUCUAUGAUUCAGGACGCAUUUACAAGUUUCGUUGACGAGAUCCAUCAGGGCCAUAGCAACUUGGUCACGACCAAUCAUACUGUCGUGCUCGCCUUCGACUAUGCCAACACCCAGACGAUCCCAUUGGUGCAGCAGUUGUGCUACGCCUUCGAGCACCAGCCUUAUGGCGAGACGAUUGCAGUGCUGACUAGUAAUCCGAAAGUUGAAGCCGAGGCCCAUAUUCGCAGCAGUGUAGACCUACGGAAUAGCCGGCUGGUUGUGAGGAAUGGCACGCCAGACAACAAAGAUGCCUUGCAGUCGGUAGCUGUCCAGUUCGCGAGGCGCGUAGUCAUAACGGUGAACGGCACGCUCAGCAGAGAGCAGAGGGACGCUUACACGAUGCAGGCGCUUAUCGCGUUGAAGUCCCACGACUGGCCAGCGCGCGGCGAUAUAUUGCUUCUGACGUCUCUCCCGCGACACGAGGCAACCUUCCAGAGAGUCGGAGGGACAAAUACGCACAUCCUCAGCCUUGAUCACGUGGUGGCGAACAUCCUCGUCCUCUGCAGCGAGUACGACGGGAUUUGCAACGUCAUCGACAUGAUGGUCGGAUUCGACGGUUCCGAGUUCUACAUCGCCGAUGUGCCAGAGUUCCUGGUGGGCAAGACUUUCGGAGAAGCAUCUUUCUACUACCCCCAGGGACUUGUGGUUGGCUGCGGAUUCGAUGCUUAUGGACACCCACGGCUGUGCAACGAUCCCAAACAAGAAAUGGCGUUGGGUGACAAAUUGAUAAUUGUCGCCGAGGAUGCGGGAAGUCUACAGGCGCAGCAACAACGCUGCGUAAGCCUUGAGGAUGCCAGCCACCCGUUGGCCCAACAGUGCAUGACCAGGCGAGAAUCCGUUGACCACGGUACGCAUAAUCCGUUUUCCAUGUCGGCCCAUUUGUUCGACAAUGCGUCUUCUGGCAAUAAGGUGACGAUCUUGAUUCUGGGAUGGAGCAGCAUGGUGGGACUAAUGCUUGUCAAGCUCGACCGCGUUGUUCCAAGCGGAUCGAAAGUUAUCAGUUUCCAUUAUACGCCUGUUGAUGACCGCAAGCAAAGGAUAAAUUACGCCCAGGUCCGCUAUGAAACCAAUCUGGAGCAUCUCGAAGUGGAGUGCAUACAGGGAGACCUGUGCUCGAAAAAGGGGUUCGAUGAUAUGCCGACAAAGUUCGGCUCGAGCUUCUGGAAUGAGGUUGGCAGAAUUUUCAUCGUCUGUGAACACUCUCCAGCCGAGGCAUGGCAAGACGAUGCGUCCACCAUGGCGACUGCUGUCAUGCUGCGGAGCUCCCUCACAGAACAUAUCCCUGAUCGCUCGGAGCACCCCCCCAUAAUUGUUGAGCUCCACAGCCCACAGUCGCGCAAAAUGGCCAUUAACCAGGGUUUUGAAAACUACGUGAUGACGUCUAGCAUUCCAUCACAGGUGAUGGCUACUGUUGCAAGGCAGCCUUUGCUGAAGAACGUGCUCCGAAAUGCGUUCUCCAAUCGUGGGCACCCAGUCCAGGUACGAGGCUUGAAUGACUACGUGCAAGUACCUGACCAUCAGCUGAAGCUGACCUUCUACCAGCUACAAAGCAUCAUAUCUAAUUCUGACGACAUCCUGAUAGGAUGGUCAAAGCCCCGCCGAAGCGCCAGCAAGAACACCGGAGGCUUUACGGAUGAGGAUGCGGAGCGCGAAGACAGUUGGGAUUUCAACCCAGCCGACAAGAAAGGCUAUCGAUCCUGGGAUGUGGCCAAGGACAAGAUGAUUGUGAUUACAGGCCACCCGAACAUCCACGGGAGCCACAGCGAGCACCAUUGA